GGUGAUAAUCACUAAGAAAGUAAAUUGAAGAUGAAUCCUAAAAUCAGCCUGGUAUUCUGUGUCUUGGUUUCUGUUGCCACUGCAUUAUAUAAUGCCCCGGGCACACGACAUGGUUUAAGAAAUGGCGGAUGGGGUGGUAAUACCUGGCCUGGAUCCAAUAUUCAUCCUAGCUUACUGAAACAAGAUAUUUUCGGAAACGAUGGUAUCCAACAUUAUCCCGGAAGUAAUCAUUUCCCAAACAACCUGAAUUCCUGGGGAUCCCGAAGAAAUCCUUGGUCUGGUUCAUCCAACUCUUUCUAUCCAAGAGAUACUAUUAGAACACAUCGUCUUAACGGCAGAAGAUACAAGAGAUCUUUGUACAGAUCACCCUACUCUAACUCAGGAAAACAAUUUGGUUUAAACAGAGAUUCGCAUUUCAACCAACAGCAACUUCUUAACAACCAACAUCUCCUUGACAACCAACAGAUAAUUGGUAAUCGACAUAUCCUUGGUAACCAGCAGUUGCUAAACAACCAACAUCUCCUUGACAACCAACAGAUCAUUGGUAACCGACAUAUCCUUGGUAACCAACAGUGGCUUAACAACCAACAUCUUCUUGAUAACCAACAUCUGUUAGGUAACCAACAGCCAUGGGAUCUCCAAAAUAACCAGCAAUUUUUUGGAAACCAACAGAUUGGAGGUGGAAUCCGAAAUACCUUCCCUCGUAGAAGAUAUUAAGUAAUAACCAAACUCAGGAAAAAUUACGUGCAAUAUACCAAAAUAAGUGCAAUAAAUAAUUUUCUUUUGUACU